GGGCUUGCUGCUGCUGACUGGGCAGUGGGCCUCUUUUUAUUUAAUCCGCGCCUUCUUCUUCUCAGGCUAUUUCCGUCCCUCCCAAUCAGACCAGACUCCCUCUGAACCUCCCUCUCAAAGAAGCCCACCCAAAAACCCUCAUCAAAUCGCUAAAGUCUGUUCUGCUACUCUCUCCCAUCAAAACAAAAAACAACAACUAUCAAUCUUUGAAUAGUCCGAGAGAUGGCCAAAUAUUCGACUUUUGAACAACUGCCGGUCGAGAUUGUCGAACUAUGUCUCGAGGGCUUGCCGGCCAGCUCGAUUGCCGCAUUAUUAGGUCUCAGUCGUCAAACCCGUCACUUGGUGCUCACUUCGAUCGAAUUCAUCUUCGCUAAGAUGGUCAAAUCGUUUGAAGACAAAAGCCAAUACAUUGGAUUGGAAGCGAUCCAUUCGUCUCUUUCAGUCACCGUCCGCUCGUCGCUGACGUUCCAGAACUUCAUCCCGAUCGGGCAUGUCUCGACGGUGCCCAAGGCGCCCUUGCGGUACGCCCGCUUUGUGAUCGAGAGUCCGAUGGAUGUCGCCGGGGGCGAGAGCGACGCGGCGCUGUUCACCUGUUCCGUGUUCAGGAAAGACUCGGACAUUCCGUGCCGUAACUUCUUUGAGGAUAUCUGCAAGGUGCGCGACCAGGACCCGAUCGUCGUCGAUCGAGAUGGCCUCUUGGUCAACAUCGAGCCCCCUCAGGAGGGCCAAAAACCAGCCGAGAAAUCCGGAAAGGUGGUCUUGAAGACCGUCGACAUUAACCCGCUCAAAGCGUACUAUUUCAAGUGAUCUCGUUGGAGUUGGCCAGUAAGCUGCUUGCCAAGGUUGCCUGUCAAGGCUUACGGGUCUGAUCCUCUCUACAUACUGGUCAUAUACAUUUAUUGAGUCAAUCGUGCUUUUCUUUUUUUUCUUGUUUUUGUGUUUUUUCUAGAUACUCGAUUUUAACACAAAAGGGUUUGGCUGUGGUCCCUUUUCUUUUUCUUCUCUUCUCUCUUCGGUCUGUUUUCUUUAUGUUGUCCCUUCAUACCCUCCCCCAAUCUCCAUCAAAAAAAAACCAAUGCGUGUGUGUUUGGUGGGUCGGUCCGUCGAUUAUCAGGCUUCCGUCGCGCUUGCGUCCAGUCUUUCCUUCCCCGCAGAUUCUUUGAGUCUAUAUGACUACCUACUCUCACCACUACCCUCUCCCCCCCCCCAUCCUUUUUUUGUUUUGUCUUGUUGUUUUUUUUACACAAAACAAAAUAUGCUCCAGAAAAAUAAAACUACUUAACCUUCG